AUGGCGCCACUGGUCACUCGACAGAGCCACUCUUUGGUUCCCGGUAUCCCACGUCUCCCAGCACGACCUCCAAACAUACCGGUGAAAGUCCAUAAGGAAAUCGACCCGAUGGUAUUCUUCGAACUAUUCAUCGGAACCGUUGGAAUAUUCGUAAUCGCAGUCUUGUUUUGGAAGCUUGGGAGAUUCAUCAGACGAUUCAAUCGAAACAAGGUGCUGAAAGCAGGCAAAAAGACGAACACCCGAUACGCACGUACAUGGGUAAUUCAUGACUUCUUCGUUCGAACCUGGAAGUCAGUGACGUGGAAAUCGACUCGAGACGACUAUAGUUGGAUUUGGUGGGAUCCUGGCGAUGUGAAAACGCAAAAGCACCGUCAAGAACCGAAAGGAUUUCCUUGGGUACCAGACUGGCUCAAGAGUUAUGAUGACUUUCCCACUGCCGAUGAAAUCUGGAAUCCUUGUUCGCGACCCAAGUGUCUUGGAGCUUUAAAGGACAAUGUGUCAAUACCCCAACCUAUUCCGGCUCCAGGCUCUGUGCAGCGGCCGCAAGGGCAAGAAGACAUGUUGGGAGAAAUCCCACCACCACAACCCACGCUAGUCCAUAAUCAACCAGUCAUUACUCGUUCAAUUCUAGAGGAAAUUCUCAGGGACCCACUGCAGCCCAAAGAUGACAGUUCUGAUCACCAGCCAUGGUUCAAUUCUUGCAAUAAUGCAGCAAGGCCAGCUACGCGCGCACCGAUGCCGUUCCAAGUCCGAUCAUUACCAUCUCGACAGAAUCAAUCCUACCAGAUCCGGGGGUCGAUUCCAUGGCCGCGUGGUGAGGGAUCCCAAGAUAUCUCAUGUCAAAUCCAAUCUGUCGUGCAGCGUAAGGAUAUCGAAUAUGAACUGGCGGAGCCAAGUGGCCCAACGCACGCAAACGAGCCUAAACCACUUCAUCAUUUUCGUGAUCCCCGCAGAUACCGCAGAUGGUCAGCACGUAUGCAGAUGGGGCCAAAAGAGCCAGUCUUUGACAACAUAGGCGAUUCAUCUGGCCCUCCCGGGACGCCAAGGACCGAAUUGUUGGUCAGCUAUGCCUCUGAUCACAGCUCUUCUCUUCGCGGUCACCUUAAGAGGCAGCGAAAUAGCAUCGAAGGGCGCCUGCGUAUAUCAGAAGAUAGAACAUCAUUCACUUCCAGACUCCUCAUCGGAGAUCAAGUUUUGUUCUCGAAUGAACGGCGGACAUAUACAAAAACCAUCCAAUGGAAUUCAGCCCCAGCAAGAAGUCGUUUCCGAGGAAAAGGGACUAAUUCGAAAGGGAGACCAGCAUUGUCCAAUGAAUGGCGGUCUAUGUGUGACCCAAAACAUCCUGCCCUCUCCCGUCGUCAAGGGAAAAGCCUGGAAAUAGACAUCGAUCGAUACCCUGGGGAUCAAAUCCAGCUCAAAACAGGAAGUGCCGUCGAAGAGUUGAGUGAUUGGGAGGUCAGGAUGAUGGAGAGGCUGGAUCGGAAACUGUUAUGGCUCUUCAAUGAAUUCACUCCUGGGAAAAGACCAUACCAUUUUGCCUUGCUAGCCAACCACUGGCUGAACAGAGAAACAUGGUAUGUCUACGAUCCCGUAUCCAGAAUCCCCACCGAUGCACGUCGAAUGCGGGGAGACCCGCGAUUCAACGUUCCUUAUCCUCGGCCGGUUUUCAGCCCCAGACCAAAGUACCCUACGUCCAAAAGGAAACGCGCGCAGACUCCUCGGAUCGACUCCUGGCGGGCCGCGGUGAACAAGCAGCGGAAGGUAUCUGGCGUACGAGACGCCAUUCGCACUAUUACACUGUACGAUGAAUCGGCCGAGGAACCGCCAGAUGGUCAUAUCGACCCAGGCUGUUGGGUUUUGCCGAAACCGCCUCAAGGGUUUGAGAUGUCCACUGCGCAGAAGAACGCUUGGUAUGAAGGAGGAGCAGGCUGGCAAGAGAAGCUUGAUGAUUGGCAGCAAGUUCCCCGGGAUAUCGAGUCCGCAAAGCCAUCCACGAAGGCCGAGUCAACCGGAACAGGGUCAAGGAAGUCGCAGCUCAAGUCAACCAGCGCUGUCGUACUGCGUCCGAAAAAUUGA